AUGAAUCCAACAGUCACGGUUUCUAAACGAUUUGCAGCGUCCCAGCGCCGUGUUACAUUUCACCUCCCCGAUGGCUCCCAGGAAAGCUGCAGUGACAGUGGUCUGGGAGACCACGAGCCAGUGGGUGGUGGAACCCUGAUCUCACACCCUCUCCCUCUGGUUCAGCCGCAGGACGAAUUCUACGACCAGGCUUCACCGGACAAGAGGACUGAAGCUGACGGCAAUUCCGACCCCAACUCGGAUGGGCCUCUUGGUCCACGGGGAUUAGCUGAAGCUACAGAGAUGUGUACUCAAGAAUGCCUGGUUUUGGGUCACUCAGACAACUGUUGGAUGCCUCCAAGCUUGGGCCCAUACCAACAGCCGAAGUCUCCUCUCUCCACCUUUGCACCUCAGAAAGAAUGGGUUAAGAAGGACAAACUAGUUAAUGGACACACGUUGACCAGGACCUGGAAAGAAGAUAGCAACAGAAACCAGUUCAGUGAUCGAAAGCAGUAUGGUUCCAGUGAGGGCCACUUCAACACUGGCAACCACAUGACUGACAUUCCUCUGGCCAACUUGAAGUCUUAUAAACAGGCCCCGGGAUCUGUGGAGAGUCCAAAGGAGCACCAGCUAUAAGAAAUGGUUACUUGGACCAAUGACUUUAGCUUACUUAGACUUGCUAAUCCUAUGUGUUUGUCAGAGCUUUAUGUACUGGGUAGACCUCUAGAACUAUGCUUCACCUAGCAGAGAUAUGCAUAUCUUUAUGUUAGCACCGUGGAAGGUAUGAUGUCCUGCAACAUGAAAGAGUGUUUCUACUAGUUGUGUGGUUUUGUUAUAUAGACAUGAUUAAAAUCUGCAGAGAUCUCUCCAGUUUGAAAAUAUACUUUUUUGUUUCUUUGGUUUUUGACCCUGGACUGCUGCUAUGAACAACAGAAGAUGCAUUUGGAGAGUGAGGGAGUGCGAAAGCUUGGUGGAAUGCAAAGAUUGAAGAGAUUGAAAAGCAUAUCCAGUUAGAAAAUUGUGCUUUUGUUGUCACUGAUCUAUGCUGGGACCGUUAUACUUGAGAUCAUAUUGCAAACAAUUGAAGCUGUAAACAUUAAACCUAUUGUGCUAUUAACAAUGUUAGUGGACACUUGUAAGUCAAUCAGCGUUCAAAUACUUGUAAAUAGCAACAAUUAUUACUUACAAUUUUUGUGUACUUAUAAUGUUCACUUGAAAAGAUACUGUAGCAUAUUUCUGUGUUUCACAGUUGCUUUUUAAUUUCUUUCGUUUUCUUGUUUUGCUUUUAUUUUCAGUGAUGGUGUUUCUGUGUUAGUAGUCUGUCUGACACACAAUAUUCCAAGAAACUCAAGCCACUUGUACUAAAAGUGAAAAGAGUGAUGGGGUGGGAAAAAAAGGCUGCUUGUAGAAAAGGAAAAAAAAAAACAACCCUUUUUUUCUAUGUAGUAGCAAAUGAUGCCAGCAUUCAGUUAGAAUUUCUUCUUUUUUUUUUUUUAUUUAAUAUUAAGAAAUGAAAGGACUUGUGUAAGGGCUUAAAAACUUAGUAAUUUUUGUUUAAUUUCCAUUGUGUUUCAUAAAACAGGGAAAUUGCAAAACAAAAGAAUAUUAAAUGUGUGGUGGUGGGCAAGGGAGAAAGCUAGUUGUUUGGGAUCCUUGAUCAAAUUAGCCAUAGUGUGUCAUUUAAUGAGUGGUAGCUGAUGUUGAUCCCAGCUGAAAUAUGUGGAGGAAAUUCUACGGGAACAAAAUACAAUAAUAAUGUUUUUCCAGUUGGGCAGGUGUGUGUCUAUACCUAAGACAGUUUGUAUUGCUGAGACAGCUGCAGUUGUGUUGACCUUCAUCUGCGUUAACGUUGUAGUUACACGAGUGUUUUUAGACCAUAGCCACAGAAUAUUUAAUGUGUUGUGCCUUCAUGAUGUAACAGAGCAUUCUCCUGGUAGGCUAGUUGGGGGAGCUAAAGGGUUAAAUCUCUAAUUAUUGCUGUUUAACUGUUUGUUAUCAUAGUUGGUCAAUGCCUGGCAGGUACCAGUAUCAUGUCACCUCAGUCAAAUCAGCAGAGUGACUCCCAAUGUUAGUAAGAUCUAAGUUGCACGCAAAGCAAAUCCACAUCCAAAACAUUUUGAGAUGGUUUUUGUUAAGGCAUGAAAGAUGAUUUACACAAAUAAAUAGCAUGCAAAAAAAAAAAAAAAAAAAAAAAAAAAAAGGAAAAAAAAGUCCUUACAGAAAAAAGCAAGUUACUUAUGCCACAGUGAAACAUCAGUCUUAAAGUAACAAAUUUAGCUAAUCUGAAGGUGUUUUUAUUUUUACCAAAAAACCAGAACAUUUUUUUUUUCUUUAUUCUUUUGUAUAUAGCAGUUCACUUUUAUUUUUUCCUCCACAGUAUAAAAGGCUUAAAAUGGGUUAGGGGUGCAUUGCUUAUUGCAGUACUUAUGUCAGUUUGUGAGAGGUGUUUGAUGACUUUGACAGAAUAAAUAUCUAACCAGUUAUCCUUGUUACUGCUUUGCCAGAUCAACAUUAUUUAGUUAUUCAGCUUUUGCAAUAAAUGUUCUGAAUUCCUGAUUGUGUUGUGUUAGUUCUUGGGCAGAUGCCUAAGGGACUUUAUUGCUGUUAAUUUCUCUUUUUUCUGUUAUUGUUGGUUGGUUCAUUUCUUUGCUUUAUUCUGAAUUUCCAGUUAUUUUUCUAAGCAUGCCAUGGUCCAUUAAGUUAAUAUCUGUAUGUAUAAGACUGGAGUAUACAGCAAAUGAUAAAUCCUGAGGGCUAUAUUCUGCCAUUCCUAUGUAAGUAGGAACUUACUAAAAAUUAGUUAUUUGAAUUGGGUAAAUCUUUACUUACUCGGCACAAGGAUGACAGAAUCUAGCCCACAUUUGUUAGGACUAUGGAAUAGGCACAUGGAAUAAGCAUCCUUGCAUAAAUCUUUGUGAAAGUACAGGGGUAGCAUAUAGGAAAUACAGCACUUACCACACUUUGGUCAUUCUUUUGGGAGUAGAAUGAAGUCAUAUCAAAAUACAGUAGAUUCUUUCCUAUAGGGAAAAUUGAGUAGUUAAAUAAUAUUUUUGUUGCAGCACAGGAAAAAAAAAAACAACAACAAAAAAGAAAAUAUUGAACAACCUUGAAAAAUAUAUAGCAAUAGGAGUAUCUAUAUUUGAACAUGCUGGGUUUUAAAGCAGAGAUGCACUGACUUCUAUAUUAUAAGCGGAAAUACAAGAAUUAUUUGAAAACCCAAAUAACACCAAAUAGAUUAAAUUACAAAUGCCUUUUUAGAUGGAAUAUAUUUGGAAAUGUUUCUAUCAUGAAUAGAAAAUAAAAGAUGUGACUGUUGCUGCAGAAAGAGAACUAUAGUCUAUUCCAGUACUUUGUCCUAUUAUCAACCUGUGCAGGAAAAGCUAAAACAAAUUUGGUUUAAAUUGCAAGCAGGUGAAAAUUGUAUCUAAUUUUCUCAAAUUCUGUGUAAUUUUAUAAUCUUAAAACCUUACCCAGCUUUGAAAUUGUUAUUAAAAGAAAAACACCAGGAAAAAAUCCAAGAAAGAAGAAAAUGAAAGAGACCAAGAUGGAGGAAGGAAGGAAGGAAGGAAGGAAGGAAGGAAGGAAGGAAGGAAGGAAGGAAGGAAGGAAGGAAGGAAGGAAGGAAGGAAGGAAGGAAGGAAGGAAGGAAGGAAGGAAGGAAGGAAGGAAGGAAGGAAGGAAGGAAGGAAGGAAGGAAGGAAGGAAGGAAGGAAGGAAAUAUCUGCAGCGCUGAAAGUGCAUUUUAAUUCCAUUAAAGCUAAAUUCAUGUUUCCCAGACGUGUCCACAGAAUUUGAAUUUGGCCCUAAACAUGUAUUUAGUAAGUGCCCAUUCAUUCACAACCAUUUGGUUGGCUCAAUCAGUGUUAUCACUAGUGUUGUCUAAAACUCAGAAAUAAAAAGGAAAAAAAAAAAAAAAAAAAAAAAAAAAAAAAAAAAAAAAAAAGGAAAAU